UAAGUCUCAUGUUGAGUAUUUCUCCUUUCAAAAACAGAGGAGCUGAGGAUUUUGGACUAGCCGUUGAAGGAAUUAUAGCAACUUUAGUGAGUUUAUUGUUUUCAUCUUCCUUGAGUAAAACUGUAGCUUUCUUAAAUUGAAGAAACUUCUGUCUGUCGGGACUCCAACAUAUGACACAUUAUGAGAACAAACCGGGUACUUAAGUACGCCUUGUUUGUUUUUUGCUAUCUCUUUUGGGUUGCCAGUGGACUGCUGAUAGCAAUUGGUAUCUAUGCAAAACUAGCUAAAGAGGCAGAUGCUGUAGAUUACCUGACUGCUGAUCCAGCUCUUCUCCUGAUAAUAGUUGGCUCCUUAAUGUUCAGUAUAACAUUUCUUGGUUGCUUUGGUGCUCUGAGGGACAUGACAAUCCUCCUGAAACUUUUUGCCUAUCUGCUUGUGAUCAUUUUGGUUCUUCAGAUCAUCGCUGCUCUUCUGGGAUUCCUGUUUUCUCGAAUGGUGGUAGAAAAAGCAGAAAACCUGAUGAGAAAAGCAAUUACAAAAUACCGAGAUGACCUGGAUUUACAAAACCUUAUUGAUUUCAUACAGAAAAAGUUUGAAUGCUGUGGAGUAGGAUCCUUCAGAGACUGGUCUGAGAACGUUUACUUCAGUUGCAAGGAUGAUAACCCAAGCCUGGAACGUUGUGCUGUACCUUUUUCAUGUUGCAUCCAAGAUAAAAAGGUGCAUGUUCUGAACACUAUGUGUGGCUAUGGGACACAGAAUCUGGAGGCAUUUGAUGUGGAACAGAAGAUCUACAUAGAUGGAUGUUUGCAUCAGAUUGUCAACUGGGGUCGCCAAAACCUUUUGAUGAUUGGAGGAAUAGCACUUGUGUUGCUUGCUGUAGAGAUUUUAUUGAUCUGCAUGACUACUUCAUUAAUUUACCAAAUCAAGUUUGUAAUGGAGAAGAAAGAUGUCACCAAAAGCUUCCUCAGGUAACAGUUUCCACAAAACUGGAGGUCUGAGAGAGACAGGGCAUUUUAAGCAACUAUUCAUAGGAGAAUAUUAUAGCACAAUGCUUAACCAAAUGCAAUGGAAAACGGAACAAACCUCCCAAGUGCUGGCUCAGCUCUGAGAAAUGUUUAUUCGAGACUGUACUGUAAGAUAUCAUUUAAAUAGAGCUGUUAAUGUGCUAACACCUGAUUUGCUUAUACAAUCUGUAUUGUACAUCUGUUGGACAUUACUAUGCAUAACUGCUUUUUUCUCUCUACUCAUAAUCGUGUUUCUUUCUCAGAUUUUUAGCCUAAUGUUUUCCAUUCCACUGUCAAAUUAAUGUCCUGCCUUCUGAUGUUGUACUUCUUCCUGUUCUAGCAUCUCCUGUGUACUGUUCAUGUCCAUUCUUGUUUAUCACUGUCACUUUGAUACCUUUUUGCAGUCUUUCUUAACUUAAAACUUUGCCCUGCUAGUUUACUUUAAAGGUCAAAGCAUUUGUUUUAUCUUGUGUGUUAUAAAUACUGACUUUGUUCAAAAUGUUAACUUUUUACACAUGUACAUGCCCUCUUAUAUAACCUUACCUAUUAUCCUUUU